GCCACUCAAAAGGGACAUCACACUGCUUCAUGCUUAGAGCAAAUUCUCGAUCAAGAUCAUAGCGAACGAACAAGAGUUCUAGUAUUCAACAGUCUCGAAUUAGGUGUCUCCUGCUUACGGCUAGGGCAAGCAUCAAGAGUGUAGGAAUGAUGGUGUUAGGACGGUAGGGUACAUGAAGUGCGUGAGCGGUACCACGGUUGCCCUGUUCAAGACAGAAUACAGGAGGAAGAGGGAAGACCAGGGAAUAGGAGAAAGAAAUGGGGGCGAAAAUGAGUGUCAAGUUGCUGCGUCGAAUUUGGGAGGAGCACGGCCAGCUUUCUCGUUGAUUUUCGGCUUGAUCUCCGCAGCAAUCUCGCGGCCGAGCAAUGCAUCGUACACCCAGUUGGGGGUAUAUGCCCUGGUCUUGUCCUUCUUGCGAAUCUUGGUGGCAGUGGAGGUCGUGUUUACUGUGGCAGGUUUCUUCAAGGACGGGUCUGCUCAGAUGGUGGUCAGUAUCGUACAUGUACAACCGUUGUGCAAGCAGAGAUACUCACCUUGCUCAACCGAUACUGCCACGGCGCCCUCUUGGUCUUCUCUAGCGGUCUCGGCUCUGGACUCGGCUUCAGACGCCGCUGAGGAAGCUGCGGACUCGCGCUCCUCUUUCACUGAAGCAGCUCUAGAAACAGCUGAGGACCGUCUAGAGGCCGCUUCAGAGGCGGCUGCUGACCUCGCUGAAGCGGCGACAGAAGCGGACCUCGAGACCACUUUCUGCUGGCCAUUGUUGGCAGUCGCAUCACCAUCUGCUGUUGCUGUGAUAUCCGGCUUGUCGUCUAUCUGCUGCUCUUUUGUGGGCUCUUCUUUUGUCCCAGUCGCGCUAUCGGCAGCCUCUGGCUCAGCUGGUGGGGAGGCUGGCUUGAUUUCUUUGACGGCGACAUCAGCCUCGGAAUCGGCGACAGCGACGUUGGCCUCGGCUCCCUUUUCAGUCGUGACCGUCAUCUCGGCGGGUGGAGCGGUCUCAGCUGUGUGAACAUGUCAGCAUAGGUGACGUCUCAUCCAGUUGGUUACUCACUGGACUCGCUGGCCGGUGCGUCAACGGUGAUGGCUGGGUUGUUGGA